AUGGACUCCUCCAAGAUCCCGGAUUUCUUGGCUGAGCAGCAAGCACAAGGCACGCCCGAGACGCAGACCUAUUUCCUCACCUUUGAAGACUUCUGGGAGCGGAAGCUAUGGCAUCAGCUUACAGACGCGCUGGUGGAAUUCUUCCGCAUGCCAGAGAGCGCCCCGCAGCGCCUAGCCAUCUUCAAGGCGUUCGUGCUCAGCUUCGCUGAUCGGAUCAACCAACUGAAGUUCGUGUCGCUGGGGUUGAUGGCAUCGACAGAAUGCUCAGAUGACCAGGAACGGCUCGCUUUCCUCACAGCCCUUGCCAACAAGGUCAACAAACCCGAAUCACAAGAUGCAUACGUCUAUGCGCUCGCCGAUGUCGCCAGUGUCAAGCUGCGGCUACCAGAUUUGGAUGGAGCACAGAAGGAUCUCGCAGACAGCCAGAAGGUGUUGGACUCGUUUGAUUCGGUCGAGACCGUCGUACAUGCGUCAUUCUACAAAGUGAACGCAGACUACUAUCACACUAAGCAAGAAUUCGCCUCCUUCUACAAAAACGCCCUCCUCUACCUGGCCUGUAUCGAUCUCGAAGAUCUUCCCGAGAGCGAGCGUGUCUCUCGCGCCUAUAACCUCAGCGUCGCCGCGCUGGUCUCGGACUCCAUUUACAACUUCGGCGAGCUCCUCCUGCACCCAAUCCUGGAUUCCCUGACUGAGACACCGCACAACUGGCUACGCGACCUCCUCUUCGCCUUCAACCGGGGCGACCUGACUGCAUACGAUGUGCUUGCCGGCAACAUCAGCAAGAACAAGCUGCUGGAGUCACACCGGAUGUUCCUGUACCAGAAGAUCUCGCUGUCCGCGCUGACGGAGAUGGUCUUCCGGCGCCCGCCGCACGACCGCUCACUCGCCUUCGGUGAUAUCGCCUCCGAGACGAAGGUGCAGCCUGACGAGAUUGAGCAUCUGGUUAUGAAGGCUCUGUCGCUGGGUUUGCUGAAGGGAUCGAUUGAUCAGGUUGGACAGGUGGCGCAGAUUCAUUGGGUGCAGCCGAAGGUGUUGGACAUGAAGCAGAUUGAUGGCAUGCGGAACCGUUUGAAGGACUGGGAUGCCGGUGUUAAUCAGCUUGGUCAUUGGAUCGAGGGCGUUGGUAAGGAUGUUUGGGCUGCAUAG